CGAAACCGGCAAUAUAUGUACUUGCGGGCGGGAUCGAUCACCUUUCCUUCGUAUUUGCCUCGAUUGGUUAGUAUUUAGCUCUUGAGCCGUGGAAGUGGUGAGGUGAGCAUCAUGCCCUCUGAAAGGAUACCCACGGAGACAUCCCCAUUGCUAGGGUCGCGAGUAAACGGCAAUCCUGCCCGUCCUCCCUCAAACGGCUCCAUCUCUGGCUUGCGCGACACAGAGUCUCUAGAACAGAAUGGCGAAUCACAGGAAACACAAAAUAAGAAUACGAAGGAGGCAACGCCAAGGCUAAGUCUUAUAUUUCCUGCGAUCUCAAUUGGCGUCUUCUUAUCUGCAGCCGACCAAACUAUUAUCAUGGCUAGUUAUGGGCAGAUUGGCAGUGACCUCCACGCGCUGAAUCUGACAAGUUGGAUUGCCACCUCUUACUUCCUAACCUUGACAUCGUUCCAGCCGCUAUACGGAAAGUUGAGUGAUAUUUUUGGCCGGAAGGCAUGCUUGCUGUGGGCGUAUGCGGUCUUCGGCAUUGGUUGCUUGUUUUGCGGUCUAGCACAGAACAUUCAUCAGCUGAUUGCUGCACGUGUUUUCCAGGGCAUUGGAGGAGGCGGUAUGACAACGGUUGUCAGCAUCCUAUUGAGCGAUAUCGUUCCACUCCGAGAUCGAGGUGUUUGGCAAGGGAUUAUCAACAUUAUAUAUGCCACUGGAUCUGGAAUUGGGGCACCAUUUGGUGGUAUAUUGGCUGAUUAUAUUGGCUGGCGCUGGGCUUUCAUUGCUCAGGCCCCUAUCUGCGUCCUUGCGUUUCUGGCGGUCUUUAUCACGCUGGAAUUGCCACCCCAAGAAGAUAGUCAUUGGAAAGAUAAGCUCCGUCGCAUCGACUUUCCAGGUGCGAUUAUUCUCGUUGGGGCAGUCUUUGGCUUCCUCCUCGGUCUUGAUCGCGGCAGCAAUGUAUCCUGGACUAUACCAAUCACUGUGAUCUCGCUGAGUGUAUCGGCUAUCUUAUUCGUGCUCUUCGUUGUGGUCGAAGUCUUCUACGCAGCGGAACCAUUUGCACCUGGUCAUAUUAUUUUUGACCGAACUUUCUUUUCCACCUAUGGUUGUAACUUUUUCAGUUUCGGGGGCUGGCUCGCAGCCCUCUUCUACAUACCACUUUAUUUCCAGGCUGUAGACGGUGUGUCUGCUACUGUCGCUGGGCUGCGUCUUCUUCCUAGCAUCGUUGCCGGCGUUUCUGGGUCUCUUUUUGCCGGAUUCGUUAUGAAAUGGACUGGCAAAUUUUAUUGGCUAACAGUAGUGGGGUAUUCAUUACUUACACUGGGAGUCACAAUGAUCUUCCUUUUCUCUGGCGGUGCAACCGAAAGCCUUGUGCCGAUGGUUAUGGGAAUGGUGCUCUCGGGGUUUGGCAAUGGGAUUGGUGUCACGUCGACCUUAAUCUCGCUUGCAGUCUCCAAUUCGACACCCGAAGAUCAGGCAGUGGUGACGGCCUGUUCUUACCUCUUCCGGUCACUCGGCUCAGUAAUUGGCCUGUCCCUAUCUUCGACGGUGGUCCAGCAAAUUCUACGAAGCCGGCUGAGGACUGCAUUGCGCGACAGCAAAGAUAUCGACAGUAUCGUGGACGGCGUGCGACAGAGCCUCGAUUUUAUCAAGACCCUUAACCCGAGUGUUGCAAAAGUAGUUCGAGGGUGCUAUGGAUGGGCCAUGAACAAAGGCUUUGCAUUUAUGAUUGCCAUUGUGUUCUUUGCCCUAGUCAGCAGCUUCUUCAUGCGUGAGAAGAAGCUGGGUCGUUGAUUUGAUCGGAGCUUAAAAAGAAUCGAGUACAUUGCAACCUUUAAAAGAGAAGGACGAUGAAUUGAGAUAGAGCACAUCACAUAUGGGACGACUGAUCAUGUACAAACGAAGUUAUCGAGCGUCUGUUAACCUUUUUGUGAUCUAGUAGUAGUAUACCACCUAGAGAGGCGGGUAGUGAGCGGAGCAAUCACCAUUAAAUACUAGUGACAGUACAGUCCAAGAAAACUUGGUCAUAUUA